AUGGAUCUGGUGGAGCGGUGGUGGAGCCGUGGAGGUGGAGGUGGAGUACUGCUGGACGUCUGGAGCCUUAUGUUCAUACACUGCCUUUGUUUUUGUCUUUUAAAACAAUUUACAACCUUAUCAAAUUCCGAUAUCACUUUCCAAUCAACAGACCUCAACACAUCCACUCAUGGGCACACUGAGCUGGUCUCAGAAAUAGCCUACAAAGUACAGGCUGUACUGGUGGAGGAGGACGAGGAAGAGGAAGAGGAGGAUCACGAGGAAGGAAAGGCUGAAACACAACAACAGUCUUGCACUAUCAUCGCAGAACCAGACGAGACUGAGGAUCACGAGGAAGAGGUGGAGGAAAAGAAGGAGGAAGAAGACGAAGAAGUAGAAGAGGACAACAAAGAAGAGAAGGAGGAAUUCAAACAGGAAGCUGAGCUUACAGUGGACCAUCCAGUGGAAAAGCUGCAGGAGGAAGAGGAGGCCAAGGAAGAUGAAGAGGAGGAUGACCAAUCAGAAGACGGCCAGGAUCCCUCUGACAUGGCUGUGCUUUCAAAAAAAGAGGAAGAGUCAACAGCUACAGAUGGCGAACCAAUUUGUGAAGUAAUCAACCACGAGACUGUGGUCCUGUCAACCAAUGGGAUCACAAAUGGCGAGGGCACAAAGGGACAAAAUGGAAUAGGGCGGUCUCUGAGUCCCUCUGACACAGAGCUCAGCUCACCAGAGCUGACUGGGAGCUACGAUCUCCAUGGCACUGCAGAGGAGGACGACGAGGUCAUUGAAGAAGAGGACCAGAUCAUCUCUGAAAAUGGACAGGAGAUUUCAGCCGAGCGACAAAUGUGUGUCCGAGCGUUGUAUGACUACCAAGCAGAGGACGAAUCUGAGAUCUCCUUUGAACCCGGUGACAUCAUAAAAGACGUGGAGACGGUGGACAAAGCUUGGUGGAGGGGGUGGAGCAAAGAUGGACGCCAAGGCUUAUUCCCUGCCAACUAUGUAGAGACCAUAUAGGCAGGCAGAGAAAAACACACACACACACACUGACACACACACACACACACACACACACACACACACACACACACACACACACACACACACACACACACACACACACACACACAUACUCAAACUCAGGGAAACCAUCUCCCCUUACAUUUGUUCAUGUUUUUACCUUAAUCCUCCCACUCAAACUUUGUACUCUCUGUUUUGUUGGAAGGAUAAAGAACAAUGUGACUCUCUGUUUUGUAGAAAGCAUAAAGAAACGUGUGACUCUCUAUUUUGAUGUUUUUUGAGCAAAACAAAAUAUACUCACAAGUAUGCAGAAAUUACCGAGCCUUAUUUUCUUGGAUGAAAUAGCGGAUACCUUUUCUUGGACCAAAAUAACUUAUUUCCUUUUGAGAUAGAGCAGGAAUGUUGGUGGGAGGGAUGAGAUCACGAUGACAAAGGAUCAGAAACGUGCUUUUCUUGUGACAAACACAAAGAGUUUUCAUAGUGUAUCGUCAUAUUUUUUAUCAAAACAUAUAACAAGCAUUCCAUUCUGCUCACAUUUUGCUUUGUGUGUUACAUUGCUAAAAAAAUAAUUGUACUGCUCUUGACUUGUAUAUAUAAUCAAGAUACAUUUAUCAGACAUCAUCUUAUAAUCACAUUCCUGAGUUAUUUUGUAGCACUGUUUUGUCUCACAGAAUAUUUUAAUUACCAGAACAGAUAAACAAGCAGAGGAAAAAAAGCACAGUGUUUUGUUCAUAUGGUGAUGCCCGUCAACAAAUUGUGUUAUCACGUCUCGUCUUAAUUUUUCCUAGAUUUAAAAAAUGAAAGCAUUAACUCGACACACGGAUGAUAAGAGAAAAUUAUUUCUAUUUUAAUCUCCUGUAAUAUCUUAAUAAUCUACACUGUAUAUAAGAAUGUAUAAAAAGCAUCAAAGGUCUUCUCUUUUCUAUGCUUUGCUUGUAUGUUGUAUGCCUGUUUGAUGUACUUUGUAUUUACUCCAAACUUACAAAUAUACAGCAUCAACAAACUCAGUUUUAAAA